AUGAAUAAUAGAGAGGGCAAUGAGCUGAUCGCCAGGAGGACAUUGUUCAGUCCAAGGGCCUCGCCUCUGCCUCAGUCUCCAUCUCCAAGGCCUGUGAGGCGCAAUCACUCAACCCGCAGAUUGUGUAUGUAUGUGGAGGAGAUCAUCAACUCGAUUUGCAGCAUAAACCAGAGGCAACAAACAUUAAAACUUCAACAACAGCUGGCUGAUAAGGAUAGGCAAAUACGGCACGAGAGAGAAAUGAAGAUGACAUACAGGGCAAAGUUUGAGAGGCUCCAGGAAUAUCUCAAAUACUGUCUACAAACUGCACAAGAAAACGGGUUCCUCAAUAUAAUAGCAAACAACCAGUCGCAUGCUUGUGACUUCAAUCCAGAAACGAGCCCUGAACCAGACCCACCUCUCAGUGAUCCCGAGUUAUCAUCUCUCAAGGAUAAAGCAAGGGAGAAUGGUUGGUACAUCCAAAAACAUGAGGUUAGUUACACCCAGAAACUAUGA